GGUUCAGAUCAAGGCUACCGCUGGGUCCGCGAGGACAAUGGCGAGUGAGCGAGACAAAUGAGGAAGGAAUUACAGGCGCUGUGAGCAGAUCUCAGACUUCGCCACAGCUGUGGACGGGAAGCAGCGAGGCGGACGCGCCUCUCCGUGUGCGAGCAGGGAGACGGACAGCGAAACGAAGAAGAAGAAGAAGAAAAAAAAAUAGACCAAAACUAAAAACUACAAUAUGACAAAGCUGCAGAGGAGACGUGGAUUUUUUAAGAACCACCUUGGAAAUAUUUAAAAUUUAUAUUUUUUUAAAUUAAAAAAAUAUAUACGUAUAUAUACUCGCUCUACAGCCUGCAGAGCGCGCAGGAAGAGGAUGAGAGUGUUUUCUGCAGGGGGAGCAGGGCAGUGCAUUUGAGUGGGACAUGGCAAACGGAGGGGACCAGUACGGCCUUGCAGAGCCCCCUGACUCGGACUGUAUGGAUUCCCCAAAAGAGACCAAACAGGAAAAUCCCAGCUUCACCCUGAACUCACCAGCUUCACCGCAGAGCGCGUCCAGUCAGCAGGGGAUGGAGGGAAUCAAAGUUUUCCUUCAUGAUAGGGAACUUUGGACCAAGUUUGAUGAAGUAGGAACGGAAAUGAUCAUCACCAAGGCUGGAAGGAGGAUGUUCCCCAGUUAUAAAGUGAAGGUCACAGGACUCAACCCGAAAACCAAGUACAUUCUCCUGAUGGACAUCAUUCCCGGAGAUGACCAUCGCUACAAAUUCGCAGACAACAAAUGGUCGAUAACGGGGAAGGCAGAGCCCGCGAUGCCCGGUAGGCUCUACGUCCAUCCGGACUCUCCCGCCACAGGGGCGCACUGGAGCCGCCAGCUUGUCUCUUUCCAGAAACUCAAACUCACCAACAACCACCUGGACCCCUUUGGACACAUAAUACUCAACUCUAUGCACAAAUACCAGCCUCGUCUCCAUAUUGUCAAGGCAGAUGAGAACAAUGGCUUUGGUUCCAAAAACACAGCUUUCUGCACUCACAUCUUCCCCGAGACUGCCUUCAUCGCUGUGACAUCCUAUCAGAACCACAAGAUUACACAGCUGAAGAUAGAGAAUAAUCCUUUUGCUAAGGGAUUCAGAGGCAGCGACGACAAUGAGCUGCAUCGCAUGGCAAAGCUACAAGGCAAGGAUUACCCAGUGGUCCCUCGUAGUACUGUCCGUCAAAGAGCCUGUUCUUCUGGGAGUCCCUUCAGUGGGGAGGGUCGCGGUUUGCGGGGCUCCCCCGAGGCUGUUGGGUCUCCUUAUAGCUGUGAGAACGGCUUGAAUGGUAGCAGCCCUCAGGAGCUACUGAGUGCUCCACCCACGCAUUACACCCUGCCUCAUCCACACCUGCAGUCUGGCCAACAGCAGCAGGUGUACCACUGCACCAAGAGAAAAGUGGAGGAAAACUGCUCCUCAGAAAACCACCAGCUUUCAUACAAGAAACCCUUCAUUGGUAGUUCACCAAGUGAAGGGGAAUCGUACUAUCACCCCUCCUCCUAUCCCCCUCCUCCACCCGGUCUAACCAACAACCCAGCCCUGGGGCUCACUGACUCUCCUUACAGCUCUGACAUGGGACAGCGUCAGGCCUGCAUGUUUGCCGGAUCGGAGCCCAGAAUGGAUGAACUCAGCUGUGCAUCCUGGUCAUACCCCUGCCCCAUCUCUACUGCCAUGACCCCAAUGGAGCCCUACCCGCCUUACACCUCUCAUCCACCCUACAGCUCCAGUCCUCAGGGCUCUCGACUCAGCGCUAUAGCCCACCAGACCUCUCCGCCACUUGGAGAACACAUCACCCACGAUCCCUACCAGAGACAGAACUCCGCACCUCCAUCUCAGAGCUCCCAAAACAUUCACAGCAGGCAGCUCGGCUCUCCUCUCAGAGAAUAUCCCCGAUACACGCCCAAUCUGUCUCCUCCUCUCUACCACACACUAGAGACGCACACACACAUCCGGUGUGGAGUGCCAGAAUGGAGUGCAGCCUCCUAACUAAACCAGAGGAUAUAUCUAAAGACUGAUGAGUGGACAGAGAUUCCUAGUCCCAAAUUUAAAGAGUCUUCUUUUCGCUCUUCUGAAAGAAGCUGCACUACAUAUGGACUAAAUAUGAUAUUAAUUUUGUAAUAUAAUUGUGAAAAGUGUGAUCUUGUGCUGUGUGAAGCGGUCUCAUCUGUUAGUCAUGUUUCUCCCCUCUGCUGGAAGGAGUAGUAGAUUGUUGAGGACAGGACCUGGACAACAAUGAUGCUCCAGAUGUUCACAAAAGAAAAGCUCCUUCUAACUGCAAAGUGAAAAUCAAAGUUUGUGUUUUGUUGUCUUUGCGUAACUCAAAGACUGGUGUGAUUCAAAUGAUUGCGCUGUGAGCACUAGGCUUGUUCUCCUCUCAGUGACUCCCACUUUUUUUGGUAUUGUGAAGGAUUUAAAUUGUGACCCACUGUCAGACAGGCAGUAACAUUUACUGACCAAAAUAAUCUGAGCUCUCACAGCAGAGCCUAAGGGAGACAUUUUUCCUCUUUAGUGUUCAAAGCGCAGCUCUAUGCUCAGUCUCGGUGAAGGAGAAAAGGCAUGAGUUGUCCGAGUGAGCGUGUGCGCGCGUGAGCCUGUGUAUAUGUAAAGCCUAUGUCAGCUCAGCUCAAGAAUGCUAUGAGUUCAUUUCCAAUGAGACAGGCAGUGGUAGCUGCAGGCACUGCACCAUCGAGAUAAACAGUUUGUUUAGACCGCGCUACAGGCCCAAAGACCUGUAAACACUGUUUCCACUGCAUUCUGGGUAAAUGCACAACUCAGCGUCACACAGCUGUCACCGCUGUCCUCUCAGUCACCCUAGCCUGACCAAUCAGCUUGCUCUGCUCACUCGGAACACGCCAAUGAGCGCGUGGCUUUCUUUUAUCCUUAGCUGACCAGUCGGAUCAGGGGUGCAGCGCGUGUUAUACGUUCGUGCGUUAGGCCCAUUUUUGUUUGUUUGUGAAUUAUUCAUGAGUCCAGUGGUGAUCCUUGACACGUGAGGAUUGCUCAGCAAUCACAAAGAAACACAGAGCUGUAAAUGUUGAUACACCAACUCCUGUUGUCUUUUCAUUUUAAGUCUGAAUUAGUCCCUGUCAUACAUACAGCCUUACUUCAUUGCUUGCUAGAUUUGGUUAAGUACGCACAUUUCCCUGCAGUCCUUGGGACACAUUUUAAUCCUUGUAGCUAAAUGUGAAAAAACAAGCAAACAAAAGAAACAAACAAGAAGUGUGGCCCUUUUUGUGAAGAAUAGAUACAGGCCUCUGGUUUAUGUGUUAACAGUCUGUUUUUUUAUAUCCAGGUGUUUUAACAUGCAGUAACUUGUGAUAUGGUGCUCUAACAUUACAAAUUAUUCAUCCAGAGAGAAGAUCCUCAUCAUUCCUUGAUAUCUAUUCGAUUUGUGUGUGUGUGAGAAUGUGUGUGCGUGACGUUGAAAUAAGAAUUGAUUGUUCUUUUUAGUUUGGUUUUUUUUUUAGCCCUGUUCCUGCCAAUAGUAUUUAUUACUCUAGAUUUGUAAAGAAUAGUUUGUUGUUUGUGAAAUAAGACGGUAUUGUUCAGAGAUCAUUGUUUCUCUAUGAGGGUUUGUUUCCAGUUUUGCCCUCCAUCUUCAAGUGGUGAUAAAUAUUUGUGAUAAACAAACUUUUCUGUUCUAUGAAAUUACAAAAAAAAGGGAUUUAUAAACAGAAAUUGAAUAAAUUUUAGAGAGAAA